GUUACUACAGCAACAAUGGCCGCCUUCCGCAAAGUGGUUGCGCUGGCUGUCAAGCUUAGCCUGCGCUCGGUGUCGACAAACGAGCUGAUCGGGCGUCAGGCGGCCUCAAGAACUCGGAAGUGUCUCACUGUCGGAGUAUGUCUGGCGACGGGAGGUGCAGUGGCACUUUACUUCUACGAGGACCUGACCAACCGCAGAGGCUGGAGGAGGACGAUGGGGACUCGCAGCAUCCACGGUUUGCUGCCAUCCAUCCCAGCCGUUGAAGCUAAAGAGAAGGCACAUCCAAUGGACUUUGAGGAAGGAGAUGUGCACAUGUCAUCCCAUGAGUAUCGUUUCCGUAUGUUUAGCUCUGUGGAGUAUGAUGGGCAGGUCUACAUGACUCCUCAGAACUUCAUUGAGUCAGUCACCAUGAGUGAGCCAAGGAACAAGAGGCCCUGGAGGUCCCUGACCAAACAGGAGCUGGAGAAAAUCCUCUCAGAUACCCCACCUGUAUGGAGAGGAUCAUCCAAACUAUUCCGUAACCUGAGAGAACGGGGUAUCGUCUCAUACACAGAGUACUUGUUCCUGCUCUGCAUUCUGACAAAGCCCCAUGCUGGUUUCAAGAUUGCUUUCAAUAUGUUUGAUGCAGACGGUAACCAGAUGGUGGACAAGAGAGAGUUCUUGGUGCUUCAGGAGAUCUUCCGGAAGAAAAAUGAGAAGAAGGAAAGGAAAGGGGAUGCUGAGAAGUCAGCUCAGUUGAAUAUGCAGCUGUAUGGAUAUCAGGUUGCCCCCAUGAACAGCGUGCUUAAAAAAGACAGUCAGGAGUUUGUGGCACGGAGUUACUGGGACGUUCUAAGGCGAGGCGCCAGCCAAAUCCUCUUUUCUGACCUGGCUGAGCGUGUAGAUGAGAAUUUAACAAUUGACACUACCCUGCUGGUACAUUUUUUUGGCAAGAAAGGGAAAGCUGAGCUCACGUUUGAUGACUUUUAUAGGUUCAUGGACAACCUUCAGACUGAGGUGCUGGAGAUUGAAUUUCUGACCUACUCUAAAGGAAUGGCCACCAUCAGUGAAGAGGAUUUUGCCAAGAUUCUCUUGCGCUUCACCAAUGUGGAGAAUAUUGGUGCCUACCUGGAAAAUGUCCGACACAGUAUACCUGAUGAGAAGGGAAUCACAUUUGAUGAGUUUCGCUCCUUCUUUCAAUUUCUCAACAACCUUGAGGACUUUGCCAUUGCCAUGCAGAUGUACAAUUUUGCUUCUCGCUCCAUUGGACAAGAUGAAUUUGCAAGGGCAGUGUAUGUGGCCACAGGUCUCAAGCUGACACGGCACUUGGUCAACACUAUCUUCAAGAUCUUUGACGUGGAUCACGAUGACCAGCUUUCGUACAAGGAGUUCAUUGGCAUUAUGAAGGACAGGCUGCACCGAGGCGCCAGGGGAUAUAAAGCUAUGGAGCGAGCCAUCUCCUUUAGAUCCUGUUUGAAAAGAGAGCUGGCAAGCAGGUGAAGACCUCAUGCCAUACCUCCUUUCCCCGCUGUGUUGGCAAUGAGGCCAAGCGACAAAUUAGAGCAUUCCUGGAUGGGAGACAAUACAUUAUAUACUUGCUUAGGAACAAGGGUGGAGUCUAAAAAUGAAAUA